GGCGCGCGGAGCUCUCGGGCCCGCGCUGCGUCGGCCGCCAGCGCUUGGAGGGGCCGCGGGGCAGCGGGACCCGGCGCCAUGGGGUGUUUCGAGUGCUGUAUUAAAUGCCUGGGCGGCAUUCCUUACGCCUCUCUGAUCGCCACCAUCCUGCUCUACGCCGGGGUUGCCCUGUUCUGUGGCUGUGGUCAUGAAGCACUUUCUGGAACUGUCAACAUCCUGCAAACCUACUUUGAGAUGGCCAGAACUGCUGGAGAUACGCUGGACGUCUUUACCAUGAUUGACAUCUUCAAGUAUGUCAUCUACGGAAUUGCAGCUGCCUUCUUUGUGUACGGCAUUCUGCUGAUGGUGGAAGGCUUCUUCACAACCGGGGCUAUCAAAGAUCUCUACGGGGAUUUCAAAAUCACCACUUGCGGCAGAUGUGUGAGCGCGUGGUUUAUUAUGCUGACAUACCUUUUCAUGCUGGCCUGGCUGGGAGUCACGGCAUUCACCUCACUGCCAGUUUACAUGUAUUUCAACCUGUGGACCAUCUGCCGAAACACCACCUUAGUGGAGGGAGCGAAUCUCUGCCUGGACCUUCGUCAGUUUGGGAUUGUGACAAUUGGAGAGGAAAAGAAAAUUUGCACUGUCUCUGAGAACUUCCUGAGAAUGUGUGAAUCCACUGAGCUGAACAUGACCUUCCACUUGUUUAUUGUUGCCCUUGCCGGAGCUGGGGCUGCAGUCAUCGCUAUGGUCCACUACCUUAUGGUUCUGUCUGCCAACUGGGCUUAUGUGAAAGACGCCUGCCGGAUGCAGAAGUAUGAAGACAUCAAGUCAAAGGAGGAGCAGGAGCUUCACGAUAUCCACUCUACUCGCUCCAAAGAGCGGCUCAAUGCGUACACAUAAACACCACCUUCCAGUUCGAUCACUCAAAUGCAUUGGUGUUUAACUAAGGGCCAUCCAACCAUCCAAUCUUUUGAAAAAGAAAAUGAAAGUGCUUCUCAUCAAUGAUAUGGAGGGGUGACUUAUGAAUCACCCGAAUACACGUCUUUGUUGCGUAGCACUUCAUUUCCUAAUUUGUUAAAUUGGUGUAAUCAGAUCUUUUCUACAAGCUCCUAUCCAGCCUUUUCUUUUUUUCUUUUUUAAAUUUCUCAAACUCACUUAAUUCUGUAAGAUCAAAGAGACUAACAUUGUCAAAUGCAGAGAUUUGAUUUUUAACCACCUCCAUGUGUUAUACAUUACACCUUUUGCAUUCUUUCUUAUGUUUUGAAAAGAAAAGUAGCUUUUUAUACUUUUUAGUUUUGAUUUCAGUAACUAGUUUAACUACAGGUAACCUUCAAAGGGACCACUGUACAUUAUGACAAUAGACAGAAAUGAUAUCAUGACUCGAAACACAAAAAUCCUGUCUGAAGAUCAGUGGCCGUGUCGCUAUAGGCCCUGGUUAAUGUUUUCAUCAAUCUAAGGUGCAAUUUCUAAAUUUGUAAGAGUAGGUUUAAAAAAAGUGCUUCUUAUCUUUGUUAACACUAUUUUUUUCUUGAUGUACUUAAAAGCAUUUCUCUCUGAUGACUCAUGUUUCUGUUGUGAGCAUGUAGAAACAGUGAUGCUAAUGCAUGGCUAGUUACCUUUUUAAGAUAGUGACACCAGGCUUACCUUUUAAAGUUUAGUAUAGCAAUGACUUUAACAGAAAUAACUACCAUGGACUGUUGGUGAAUGAUCGCUUUGUGACUUAAGCAGUGGCUGGAUUGGAACUUUUAAUAUGCUAAUGUGGAACAUUAAUUACCUUUAUGAAGGUGAUAUAUUAAAAAUAAGCACACUAACCCCUCCGAAGUUGUUUUACCUACUUUAAAGCAUUUUAAUGGAUUGCACCUCUGUAAACGAUCCCUCCAAUGUGUAUGAUACAUUUGAAAAGGCUUCCAUUAAUAUAAUAGCUUUGCUUGCAGCCUUCCAAUCUAUGUUGGUUUACCUGUAGUGUUUUUUAGAGUGAGGUCAGAGGCCACUAUACAAUGUGUCCUUUCAAAGUGUAGUGAUAUCUUGUGUUUUUAUUUCAAGUAAGUCAUUUUAACCAAAUGUUCAUUCGUAUUCAUUUAUAAGACGUACCUAUAUCAAAGGAAUAAAAAAAAACAAUCAGUAUUAUUGGACCAAAUUUGGUGUUUGUUUUAACCUUAACUCUUCUUCCGGUUAUUUCUAAUGCUACAAGAAUGCUGUAAAGUGUCUUUUAAAAUGCUGUAGCCUGACAAGACUGUCUUGUCAGUGUAUAAAAACUAGGUAGUAUUGUGCACUAUUUGACCAUGUGAAAUCUUUUCUCAGUGUAAGUGCAUUUCUAAUAAAAUUUAUCGAGUGAAACAAUCUUUGUACAAUGACUAGUUGUGCAUCAUCCAUAAUCUUACAAUUCUUGUAGUAGGUAGGGGGUGUAUUACUAGGGUUAUCUGUGGCAUGAUUAUGCAUUCUGUAGUAUUAUUUAAUUAAUUUGGGGUUUUGCUUCUUUUUUUUCACUUAGGUUAUCUUACUGGUUCAACAUUUUUCUGAUAUAUGCAGUAUUACAGAUAUUCAGCAAAAGU